AUGAUCUUCUCAAGAUCAGCUCGUUCUAUAUUCCCUCUUCUUCCUCCCUAUGGGGCCCAUGAUCCGCAGGGAGGGCGCGCUGUCCCGUUACAACCAGACGACAUCACACCAUAUAUGGGCUUGCGAGCACGCCUGUCACAAAUAUGGAUGAACCGAUGGACCAUCCUCCUACUCCUGGUGCUUGUCAGAGUCCUGAUCGCAAUUGCCAGUCUUAACACAAACAUGGAUUCUGCCAGACGCGAGGCUUUGUCCGCAUGUACCUCUGUCGAAUCCAUGGGCAGCGCCAUGGCCUCGAUGCCUCACUACUCAGCCCGCGGCAUCAACGAACUCACAGCUUCUGGCGUGGAGACCGCGGUCAGCGCGCUUAAGACCAUGCUCACACUAGUCGUAUCAGGCGUGGAGGAGCUUAUUGUGUUCUUCAUCAAGAUGAUGUACCAGACAUAUCUCUGCCUCAUUACAAUGGCUGUUCGCGGCACGGUCGACGUCGGAGUCGGGCUCCUGAAAGAUGCCAGCGACUUCCUGAACUCGACAAUCAAGUCUAUCGGCGAAGGCAUCAGUGACGCAACACAGACGUUCGAGGAUGGCCUCAACAAAUUCGUCGAUGGAAUAAAUAUCGUCGGAAGCGUCUUUGGCGGAGACGAGGUCCCCGACUUAGAUCUCUCAAGCUUCAUCGAAGACCUCGAAAACGCCCAGCUUCCAUCCUCAAUCGACGAUGGCCUCGACAAGCUCAAUGACUCGGUACCGACGUUCGACGAAGUCAGCGAGUUCGUAGAGAAUAUUAUCCGCACACCCUUUGAUGAAGUCAAAAAGCUCAUCAACGAAUCCAUGGGAACAUUCACCUUUGACCGGGACACCCUACCUGUUCCCGCAAAGAAGCAACUCAGUUUCUGCAAAGGCAGCGACGGUAUUGACUCGUUCUUCAAUAACGUCUCCGACAUUGCCGAGACCGCAAAAAAGGUCUUCAUCGCUGUACUUGUCAUCGCUGCCGUCCUUGUCUGCUUCCCCAUGGCAUGGCAAGAAAUUCGCCGCUGGCGCGCCCAAAAGGAACGCUCCCAGCUUGUCCGCAAGGAAGCGCAUGACCCCUUGGAUGUCGUCUACAUUGUCUCAAGACCCUACUCGGCCGCAGCAGGAAUUAAGGCCGCCAGCCGCUUCAGCAACAGCCGGCGUCAGAUCCUAGUCCGCUGGGUUAUCGCCUACGCCACCUCCCCGUCAGCCCUCUUUGUCCUAUCCCUCGCCAUAGCCGGCCUCUUUGCCUGCCUCUGCCAAUAUCUCCUCCUCCGAGCCGUCGAAGAGGCCGUCCCUGAACUCUCCGCCGAAGUGGGCGCCUUUGCUGACAAAGUCGUCGCGUCACUCGAUAAUACCUCCGCCGAGUGGGCGCUCAGCGCAAACAGCGCCAUCGGCGAUAUAAACACAGAACUCAACGAUAAGGUCUUUGGCUGGGUGAACUCCACCACAACAGGCGUGAACGAUACGCUCAACACCUUCGUGGAUAAAACGACUGGCGUCCUAAAUGAUACAUUCGGCGGAACCCUCCUCUACGACCCCCUAAAGGACGUGUUCGACUGUCUCAUCGGUCUCAAGAUUGCGGGUAUUCAGCGCGGUCUAACAUGGGUACACGACAACGCACAUAUCGAUUUCCCAGAACUCAGCAACGACACGUUUUCGCGCGGCGCAGCAGAAAGCCUGUCAGACGACAAUAGCUCAGAGAGCUUCCUCUCUGACGCGGGCGCCUCAACCUCAAACAAGAUCACAGAAGUCGUCUUUCGCGUCACCAGCGCAAUUGAGUCCGGCAUAGCCACGGAGGCCCUCAUCUCUGGCGCUAUCCUGCUCAUCUGGUUCCUAAACCUGCUUUUCGGCCUCAUUCGUGCUCUCUCACUUUUCAGAUCCCACGAUCGAAAUCGCGGCGAUGGAGGUCCCGGCCCUGCUGCAAACUUAGACCCUAACGACGGCUUCUCAGACGUUCCUCUCACAGCCAUUCCAAAUCCCCACACAACUGCCCAUUCUGCUGCUGACUCGCAAUCUCGCUCUCAACCGGUCCCUGAGUACGAGCCGCCGAGCCGGAAUUUCGCAUCUGCUGGUCCGCCCGCGGCUGUGACAGCACAGACAACCUACGAAGACGAGAAACUGGGCUUUGCGGGACAGAGGAGGAACGCGCUAAAGGUUUCUGUUAUUGAUGCGCGUGCGAGCAGUUAUCCGGAGUUUGGGGAUGAGAAGCGAUGA